AUGACUAUUUCUAAAGCUUUAGCAUCCGUUAAGUUCACUAUUUACCAUGGCAGCAUCGUCCAUACACCUAAGUUUGGGGAAAUCGAGUUUAUCCUUAAUGCCAGAGUGGGAGUAGAUAAAGAAGGCACUAUAGCAUAUAUUAAGAAAGAGCCACUUGUGGGAACAGUUUUGGAGGAAGCCAAGAACCAAGUUCCUGGUUUGAAGGAAGAAAUUGAAGUCCAAGAUAUUACUGGCCAUCCACUUCGGUUCUUCUUCCCAGGCUUCAUUGAUGCUCAUAUUCAUGCACCACAGUAUCCCAAUUGUGGAGCUUUCAACAACUUGGAGUUGAUGGAUUGGAUGAAUAAAUACACUUACCCAAUUGAAGUUUCUUUGGGAGACACCCAACGAGCAGAGAAGGUAUAUGAAAAGACAGUGCUGAGAACACUCGAGAGUGGAACUACUUUCUGUGCAUACUUUGCAACCAGACAUCUAGAGUCGACUAAGAUUCUUACCGAUAAGGCCUUUGCUCAUGGCCAGAGAACUUACAUUGCAAGAAGUUGUCAGGACAAAGGGUUUGAUUAUUAUACGGAUAAGGACCUUGGAGAUGCUCUUGAGCAGAACCAGAAAAUGCAUGAUUAUAUCAAAUCGCUUGAUCCAGAUUUCAAUGUGAUUAAACCAGCCUUAGCGCCAAGGUCAGCCGACCAGUGCUCUCGUCCUUUGUUGAAAAAGAUGGGCGAAAUUGCUGAAGAAACAAAGCUUCCAAUUCAAGUGCAUAUGUGUGAAUCAGAUGGGGAACGCAAAAUGAUCUUGGAUGUGUUUCCUGAGUUCAAAGAGUACUCUGAUAUCUAUAAUCAUCAUGGUCUUUUAAACUCAAGAACUAUCUUGGGUCAUUGUGUUAAAAUAACAGAAAGUGACUAUGACUUGGUUAGCUUAAACAGAAGUGGAAUAGCCCAUUGUCCAACUUCAAAUACGUCAGUUGGUUCAGGAGAGGCCCAAGUAAGGAAGAUGCUAGACAGAGGUAUCAAAGUAGGUUUGGGAACGGAUAUUUCAGCUGGGUUUUCUCCUUCCAUCUUAAGAACAGUUCAAUAUGCUGUGCUCAAUUCUAUUCAUGUUGCCAUGAAGUCAAAGUCUUUGAGAGAUAAGCUUUCUGUGAACGAGUGCUUGUAUUUGGCAACCAUGGGAGGUGCUAAGGUCUGCAAUAUGGAGAAGAAGGUGGGCUCCUUUGCUGUUGGAAAGUCUUGGGAUGCACAAUACAUAGACUUGACGAAGAGCCCUACGUUGGAUAUCUUUGACUUCCAGGUUCCAGACAUGGAAAAGGUGCAAAAGGGAGACGAAUCUGAAAAGGAAAAGUUCCAGGACGUUGUUGAUAAAUGGGUCUUCACCGGCGACGACAGAAACACCAGAAAGGUCUACGUCAACGGAAGAUGUGUUAUAAACAAAGGUUCAUAA